AUGGAGGACUUAACAUUUUCUGAACUUAUGCUUUCACUUGGAGUGGGCGACGCAGGUGUAUCGCUUGAGCAGUUUUUAGAUAUUGUAAGGAAAAAGAAGGAAGCUCAACUGUAUCAGAAUGAAACAAGACGUAUCUUCACAGCUUUUGACAUACGCUAUCGUGGAUUUUUAACUUUGGAAGAUUUCAAAAAAGCAUUUAGGCAGGUGGCUCCCAAAUUACCAGAAAGGACUGUUCUCGAGGUAUUCAGACAUCUUGUCCACCUACCUCCUUCCCAGUCAUUCUGCUCCAUCAGGCUACUUUGAAUAAAUACAUCCUU